GGUCAAGAUCUAUUUCGCUGACAAUUAUACCGUUACCAUGUGGCGCGUCCUGAAGACCUACAAGAGCAUCAAUUUUGCCUCUUCCUUGGCUGCUUCAUCUCGGACGGUGGACCCGGGCGGUACAUUCAAAAUAUGCUUGUGGCACGGGAUCGACAAUUUUGAGGGCGAGAUCGGGCUGCCGAGGAAGGUCGGACAGGCCCGAACGAAGAUGGAUCAGUUCAUUGUGGCCCAGGGCCAGACGGAGGACCAGGCCAAACGCAUCAUGCACAGUAACGACUACGGCGAG